AUGUGCAAAAAUUAUGAAGACUCUGACUGGCUUUUGCUCCUAAUGGCCUGUUGCACACUGACAUCAACCAUCAACAAGCUCAUUCGCAGUCUGUGUUUGGAAAGCUUCCCAGGUGGUAGAGGGAGCUGGCGCAAGCCAACAUUAAGAGGCUCUGAAGACUGGCAUGAUGAUGAGAGUGCAGGUGCACAGUUCGAGGAGUCAGACAAUCUACAUGACUUGCUCCAAAGUCCACUAUCACCAUGGCAUAAAGAGGCAUCAUGGAGUCCUCAGGCCUUAGUCUUGAGAGAACUGGCUGUAAAGGCACCAGAAAAAUGUAAUGCUGACUUCAUAUAUUCAUUCCUGAGAACUCUACGGAUUGUGGACAAAGGGGUCUCAGUCAUUGAUGAAGGAUUGUUGAUGUUCACUUGUCUUGAAGAGCUCAUAUUAACUGUUAACAACAUCACUGAGGUUCCAUUAAAUAACCUUCCAAAGACACUUAAGGUUCUUGAACUUUAUGGCAAUCAAAUUUCCAGUCUCAAAAGUCUGAGUACAGAACUUCCUCCUCAUCUCCUGCAUUUAGGCCUUGGUAACAAUUGGCUUGGCUCUCCUGAAGACCUCCAGUAUUUUACUGCUAAUCUUUGGCCACAGCUGAUGUCUCUUGAUUUGAGCUGGUCUGGGUAUACAAAACAAUAUGCUCUUGUGGAUGCGCUCUCAAGAUUGCCUCACCUACAGAAUUUAGUUCUAGAGGGCAACCCUCUAACCCUAACCACCUUGUACCCGGGCUUUACACUGGACAGCUUAGUUCACUUGCAGUACUUAGAUGGAAAUCAAGUAACACCAGAUGACCGGCAUCGCUUCAGUGGCCUUGCCCAACUCAGAGCAACAAUCUCUGAGGAAGCAGAGAUCACUGUGCGUGUGAAGAAGAUGAAGGGUGUUCCUAACUCCAGUGCCUUGCUGUUGAAUGAUGGUGCAGUUGAUUUCCCCCUGGUCAGCUACUGCUAUUCAGUCUCAUAUGAAUUUUUUGAUGAAGCUCAAUCCCAGAAAAAUCAGAUUCAUAGUGAAGGCCAAACACUGGAAAAUAUCCCACAGAAUUCACAAGAAAAUAAGAGAGUAACACCAAUCCCAUGUAUGUCAUCCAAUCACGGUAAACAUGCUUUCAGCCUUCCUGUAGCUAUGAACUGGACAUCAAAGCAAGAGUGGGCUGAAGUAAUUGAGUUUAAUUAUGCAAGCACACACCACAUCAGAGACUUGGAAGCUCUCAAGAACUUUAUUCUCCGAGGCCUUAGGCUGACUGUGGAAGAACAGAAGGUUUUGUCCUGGCCUGCACAUCCUGAUGAAAGCACUGGAAUCAAAACAUCAGCAAACAAGAAAGAAAAAGAGGCCACAAUGGCAGGUGCAAAAUCAAAAGAUAAGAAGAAAAAAAAAGUGUCAGAGCUCAAGCUGAUACAUGAACAACCUAUCAAGCGAACCCUUGGUUCAGUGCAUGUAAAGCUGAAAGAUCUAUUGGAAGGAAAGGAUCAAAUUGAAGAGGAGUGUGACUUGGGGGUACAACACUCAGAUCAUGCCAUCAGAACAGUAGUCACCCAGGAAAAGGAAAAAAGUAAGAAGCCUAAAGAAGAAAAGAAAGAAGAUAAAAUAUUAACACCAACUUCUGUAAAAGGAAAAGAAAAAAGAUGCCAGGAGAUUGUGACUGAAGCCUUGGCUGAUAUAAGCAACCCUUCCAAGAUGACGCCUCUAACUGUGGAGUUCAGCAUUCAGUUGGACAAAUGGACCUCUGAUUCACAAGCAUUUUAUCUAAACUCAGUAAAAUAG